AUUAUGGACGUCAGAAAUCAUCUUGUGGAUGUCUCUUCAUUCUUUCUCUUUGAAGCCACCGGGGACUCCCAAGAUCAUUGUGAUCCCGCCGCCGAAGGUGAUGUGGGCCACGUCGACAUUGCCAUGGCCGACGAUGAUGCAGAAUCGUGUAGCUAUGAUUUGUCCGAUGCUCCUAGAGAUAACGAGUUCGAUGAUUGUGAUCCUCAACCAUUUGUUCUUCAUGAAUCAUCUGACGACGAAGACGACGACGGUGGACAUGAGGAGGAGGAGGAGGAGGAGGAGGUGGAGGAAGAGGAGGGCCAUAGCUACCAAACAUGGAAUAGUGAACAUAAUUGGAAUCCAACAGGCCACCAGAAAUCGGGUGCUUCCGUCGAUUCAAGAAAAGAUCAGUUGAUGACAGAGGCGGAGAAGAGCAGGAGGUUCUGGGAGGCAUGCUUGGCUUCUUAAGUCUUGAGUUUAGUUUUCCCGAGUCUUUUUUCCAGUCUUUAUUCGUACGUCUAGUUCAUGGUAUUCUUUCUUUUCUCUCUCUCUCUCUCUCUCUCUCUCUAGUUCUUGGUGGAUUUUUAAGGAGAAACAGCUAGGACAGGUAGGGGGCGGUGGUGGUUUGUUGAUCUAGAUUAGGUUUUAUUACAAUUGUACAUAACUUGUGCCAAUAGAUAGUUAGAUACGAUAACAUGAAUUGUCAUCUAACAUUCUUAGAUAUGGUUUAUUCACAGCUGCUAUGCUGAUUUAUUGUUUGUUUUGCAAUGGAUCCCAAAAUCGCAAAGGAGUUGUCUUGUUCUUGUUUUUGUUCUUGUUCAAUCGAGACCAACUAUUCCCAGCUCUGUAAUUAGCAG